AUGAAUUGUGAAACCGAUUACACAUUGUGUAAUUUGGAUUCCUACGACAGCUACCACCAGGCGUACAUCUGUGGUGCCGGUGUUUACGAGUUUCAGAAUAACAACAACCACCGGUUAAAUCCUGACAGCAGUCUCGUAUGUACUGCAUCUUACUACAGCGACGAUUCGUCCAUGCCUGCACAAUUGAGAACCCACGGAGAUCACAAGUUAUGCUCCGGUGGAUCGCUUCAACAAGUUCCCGGUUACGGUUCGGUUAUCAGCGGUAGAAGUUCUAAUAGAGGACAUUAUCAAAGCUACCAGCACACCUCGGACUCCUCGCAUCACAACCACUCGGAUGACUAUCACACUGAAGCCCAUCAUCAAGGUGCCGCCUACAAUCGUAGUUCUAUCUCCAUCGGACACUGUACCCGCCCUACAUACACCAGUCAUGGUCAUUCGAUGACCACGGAUAAUGGAGCAUCCCCACAUAAUGGUCAACAUCCAAUUUUAAGUUCGGCUCCAAACUUUCUAGAAAUUCCAGCGAGGUCAGGAUACGGGGCAUCGGGUCUUUCCGCUGACACCGGGAAAUACCCAGCUAGUGGCCAAGAAUCUCCUCAGUAUGUGAACCCAUCUGGUGGAAUGUCCAACGGAUACCUGGCCACAUCGUCGCCACCACCGCCGCCAUUGAAGUCCGACGGCUGCGUCAGUCAGUACGGUGUCCAGGGAAAACCAUUCCGCUGGAUGACGAUCAAGAGAAAUCAAACAAAACCAGGCAAACCAAGUGAAUUUUCCAGCAGCGUACACAGCUACAGUAGCAACACGCAAUCACCUAACGAGAACAACAGCCAGCAACUGAACGGAUCCGCGGCAUCUGGACGCACAAACUUUACCAAUAAACAACUGACAGAACUAGAGAAAGAAUUCCACUUCAACAAGUAUCUCACUCGCGCUAGAAGGAUUGAAAUAGCCGCAGCCCUUGGUCUGAAUGAAACCCAGGUGAAGAUCUGGUUCCAAAAUCGUCGCAUGAAGCAAAAGAAGAGAAUGCGGGAGAUACAGUUUGAGAAGGUCAAUGGAGACAGUUGUCAGCUCCACGAGCAUAAUGGACUUGCGCAUCCGAAUAUGGCUUUGUGUCCGGACACCAGAUAA